AUGACGGAGGGUAUCAUCCCUGAGUCAAACAACCAGGAUAGCCACGACUCCGAAAAGGCCAACUCGGCAAAGCUACCGGAGGGGGCCAACAAGUUCCAGCGUGCAAUUGCAGCUUGGAGAGGCAUUGACUUGGCCAGCACUGUCGCAAAGUUGGAUGGUACUGCUUCGGAUAUCGUCUCUGGGCAGCGUGAUGCACUUGUUCAGAGAAAGGAUCUUGCUCAAAAAACCAAGGAUUUCAGGAAACUAGAGGAUGCGUCAAAGCUGGCAGAAUACAAGGGUCUUUUGAAAGCCUACCAGACGUUUAUCGAUCUCCUAACCAACCAAGGGAAAUCCUCAUCCUCCGCAUUUUUACAACUAUAUUCCUCCCUGUCAGAAGCCCCCGAUCCCUACCCGCUUCUUGAGGCAUCAGUCGAUUCCCUUGUGCAUUCGGAAGAGACGGUCCCUAAAUUAACAUCGGAGAGAGACCAACUUCAAGGCUCUGUGAAUCGGCUUACAUCCCAGCUUGAGGAUACCGAAAAACGGCUACAGGAAGAGAGGACUGCAAGAAAAAAACUAGAGGAGAGCCAGGAAACCAAAGCGAAAGAGAUUGAGGACUCGUGGUCAGCAGUGUUAUCAGAGAAGUCGAAUAACUGGGCUGCCAAGGAAAAGAGCUUGGAAGAGAAAGUGGAAAACCAGGAGCGUUUGUUGAAAGAACUCAAAGCAAGCUAUGAGGUAUCGCAGCGCUUGGGCCAAGACGAUGAUAAUGGGGACGGUUCUCCACACGGAGCUUCUGCUGCCGAGUUGGAGCUUGUUUCUGCCGACUUGGAAAAGACUAGUCUAAGGCUGGCAGAGGUGGAGGCUCGUAAUGAGCAAUUGAGGCUUGAGCUGGCUCAGGCUGUAUCCCACCCGCACGCUGAGCAGACAUCUGUUGAAGACGACCCAUCAUAUCUUCGCUUACAGUCCGAAAACUCCUCGCUGUUGAGAAAGUUGGAUGCUGCGCGAUUUGAUAAAGAUUCCCAGCGUAAUUCGUGGGAGGCCAAGCUCUUACAAGCUGAGAGACAAGGUACUAAAGUGACUGCCGAGAGGGAUGAACUACGAUCAAGGUUGGAGAAGGUUGCCGAUUAUGAAGACCUCCGUCGAGAGCUUGAAGUAAUCAAGUCUAUUGAGUUCUCCGCUGGUGACGAUGAUGAGACUGGAGAUGUCACGGACGAUGCAAACGGAAGCGCUACCAAUGGUACCACGGCGAAGUCCAAGGAGGGUGGAAAGAAUAAUACCUUAGAGCAGCUAUUGCUGGCCAGAAAUAAAAAGCUGACUGACGAGCUCACCGUCUUACGGGUAUCGCAUCGCGAUCUCCAGGGUCAGCUCGAAAUCCUACGUGAGGACCUCUCAUCCACUAAACAGGAGCUCGAGAAGUCCCAGAAACUCUCGACAACCCUCGAGAAUGACCUUCUCCAGGUGCAGCAGGAAGCUGCGAAUACAUUCCCCUCGUCAGCAAUGUCUGUCGCGGGCACCUACAGCUCGAAGUACCCCUACUCAUCUCGAAGAGGAGCAACAUCGCCGACCUCGUCGAUAAUUUCGGGAUUUGACCAGAGCCCAGCGUCUUCAAACACAAUGGAUGCUAUACGUUCUGGUGAACCUGUUGGCGGUGGCUCUGGCAUCUUGCCCAUGAUCCAGGCGCAGCGGGACCGCUUCAAGAAGAAGAAUACAGAAUUAGAGGAAGAGCUAUCCAAGAUGUACAGCAAUGUCAAGUCCCUCAGGCAAGAGGUUGCUUCUCUUCAAAAGGAUAACCUCAGUCUCUACGAGAAGACGCGUUAUGUGUCAACGUACAGCCGUGGUGGUGGGGCAUCCUCAUCUGCGUCCGCAUUUGCAACUAAACCAAGCACCACAUCUGUGCACCUCUCUGCGGAUACACCGUCGGGGCUUUCCCUUGAUCGGUACCAGUCCGCCUAUGAAGCUCAGAUUUCACCUUUUGCUGCUUUCCGGGGCCGUGAAUCAGCACGAGCGUACAAACGCAUGAGUCUCCCAGAGCGGAUCGUCUUCUCCCUGACACGCAUUAUCCUUGCCAAUCGAACGAGCCGAAACCUCUUUGCAGGGUAUUGUUUCGCCCUGCAUAUUCUACUGUUUUCAAUGCUAUAUAUGAUGAGCACCACAGAAAUUGAAAAGCAUAGCGCCGCCAGUCUAGGUGCAGCGGCCGUAAUGGCUGGUGGAGGUGCGGCAGGCAAUGGCCGUGGUAGUGGUAGCGGGCAACUGCGAGGUGAUGACUGGCAGCAAGAGGGAUUCAACAAUGCCGGUUGA